AUGGGCUUAAGAACCAAGCUACUCUGGCCUCUGAUAGCAUGCCUUACAUACCUCUUUUUCUUUACAGUCCGGCUCAAACCAGUUACGGAUAACUCGUCAGAACUAGACCCAGCAACAAUAGCAGCAAUAGAAGAAGAAGAACUACGACUACUACAGCAGAAUGAACAAGAUUCGUCCUGGCAAUGGCAAUACAUUCCUCACCAUCAACCAGAUCUCGAACAAUUGACGGCAAACGAACCUCUCGAGACCCUCGUUGUUCCUGAAGUAACCUAUCGUCCCGACGAAAAAUUCAUUACCUUUCUUACCCACAGUGGUUUCCAGAAUCAACUUAUACAAGGCAAAUAUAGAUUCGAGAAUGGUAUACUUUUGGCAUGGUAUCUCAACCGUACUCUUCUGCUUCCCAAUGCGUUUCUCGGUGAAGCGUUUGGCUGGAGCAAUUUCGAUAAGCUGCAUCUCGAACACAUGCUUCGGGACUCCAGCACCACAGAGACAUGCAGUGAGUUUGCCGAAGGUCUUGUUGAAUGGGGAAUCGAGUGCCCACCUCGCGGACGAUAUGCCGUCUUGCCUUUUGACGAAAUCUUUGACCUUUCAUGGGCUAAAAAGCACGUGCGGAUAUUACCCCGUCAGAGAUCUGACUUUGGGUGGCUGGAAAAAGAAUUUGAUAUCCAAAGAGACAACGUACCUAAUCAUGUCAAUGGAUCGUACAGAGAUGGUGAUAUUUUGUUCUUUAAAGGCGAGACCCGUUACGACUGGCGUAUCUUUGACACACCUCGAAAGAAUCACAGACUUGGGAAGUACGCCGACAGUCUAGACAUUUACCAGCUCAGACAACGUCCUGAAAGACUCUUGCAUUUCUCAAGCUUGUUUGGAACCGGCAAGCUUCCGAUCAGACGCCCUGAGCACUAUGAGUUUUUGCGAAACCUUCAACGUAGUAUAAUAUAUCGGCAUCCGGCUGUGUUGACCAUGGCUGAAAAGAUUGUAGACCGACUUGGAGGACAUGGAGAUGGCUGGUUUAUUAAAGCAUUGCCAGAGAAUGUGAAUAAUAUCAUCUCUCAGAUCCAACGGGCCGUAGAGUCUCAUCAGCCUGGAAGCUUAAGAGCCAUUCUGCGGCCCACAGAGCAACGCCUGACGCUCGAUCAAUGUCGGCAUCUGGCAGCUACCCAGAACGUCACUCUGGUCUACAUGGCAACCGAUGCUCGUUCUCCUCAAUUGAAUCCUGCUUUCGAUCCCGUUUGGAAUCUAUUUCCGUGCACAUUUACGCUUGACGAUAUUUUUAGUCCCCUGAGCUCCGAUUGGGACACGCUCGAGAGAGUGGUGGACAGGAAUUCGGGCGCUAGUCUGCGCAAAUUUCUUGUUCCGCUAGUUGAUGCCACAGUGGCGAGUCGAGGGUGGUUCUUUAUUGGCAGUAAGGGAUCAACCUUUUCGGGAUACAUUUAUCGACUCCACGAUGUGUUCUGGUCCAAUGAGAAGAGACAGCAAUUAGGGCUCGAGGAAGUAUAA